GUCAGGAAGUGGAAGAUGCUGGCUCGGCAUCACAGUGAGGGCACAGGAAAACAGAAGGAAGCAGAGUGCGAUGUCCACCAUGGUGGUUGUCAGUCCUGGGGGAUCCACGCAUCGCCCCUCAUGGCCAGCCCCAUCAUGCUGGAGUGCUCCGUCUGCAGCGGGCCCUACAUCAGCUACACCCUGGAGGACACCUGGAAGCCACGGCAACGCACACAGGCGAUGGACCUGUACUACCACAAUGAGUCAGACCCAGACAGUUACGGUUGCCCUGGCGACAACACUUUUAUGAAACAGAGAAAGAUGGGUCUGAACGACUUCAUUCAGAGGCUGGCCACCAACUCCUACGCCUGCAAGCAUCCUGAAGUUCAGUCUAUUCUGAACCUGAGUCCUCCUCAGGAUCCUGAGCUUAUGAAUGCAAACCCCUCUCCUCCUCCAAGUCCUUCCCAACAGAUCAACCUCGGUCCAUCCUUAAACCCCUCCGCCAAACCCAGCGACUUCCACUUCCUCAAGGUGAUCGGCAAGGGCAGCUUCGGCAAGGUCCUGCUGGCACGCCAUCGCGCUGAUGACCAGUUUUACGCAGUCAAAGUCUUACAGAAAAAGGCCAUCCUCAAGAAAAAGGAGGAGAAACACAUCAUGUCAGAGAGGAAUGUGCUGCUAAAGAAUGUCAAGCACCCUUUCUUGGUGGGUCUGCAUUACUCUUUCCAAACAACGGACAAACUCUACUUCAUCUUGGACUACAUCAAUGGAGGAGAGCUGUUCUACCACCUACAGCGAGAGCGCUGCUUCCUCGAACCUAGAGCCAGGUUCUACGCCGCAGAAAUCGCCAGCGCACUGGGAUACCUUCACUCCCUCAACAUCGUGUACAGAGACCUGAAGCCAGAGAACAUCUUGCUGGACUCACAGGGACACAUCAUUCUCACCGAUUUCGGCCUGUGCAAGGAGAAUAUCGAACCCAACGGGACCACGUCGACCUUCUGCGGUACACCGGAGUAUUUAGCUCCUGAGGUCCUACACAAGCAGCCCUAUGACAGGACGGUAGACUGGUGGUGUUUAGGUGCGGUGCUCUAUGAGAUGCUCUAUGGCCUGCCGCCGUUCUACAGCCGCAACACAGCAGAGAUGUAUGACAACAUACUGAACAAGCCUCUGCAGCUGAAACCUAACAUUUCCAACGCAGCCCGACACCUGCUGGAGGGCCUGCUGCAGAAAGACAGAACAAAGAGGCUGGGCUGCACAGAGGACUUUGUUGAAAUUAAGAUCCACGUUUUCUUCUCCCCCAUCAACUGGGAUGACCUCAAUGCCAAGAAGAUCACCCCUCCCUUCAACCCCAACGUGACGGGACCCAACGACCUGCGGCACUUUGAUCCAGAGUUCACAGACGAGCCGGUGCCCAGCUCCAUUGGCUGUUCCCCAGACAGCGCGCUCGCCACAGCCAGCAUCAAAGAUGGUUCAGAGGCCUUUGUGGGCUUCUCGUACGCCCCAUCCAUGGACUCCUACCUAUAGGAUUAAAACACAGGCACUCAAAGGACGCCAAUUCAGACUUACAGGACAUGAACUGUGGCAUGUCCAUGGAUUGCAUCUUGAUCCCACUUUACAUUUCCUGUUUGGUUGAUGGAUAUUUCCGAAACCAACCCCCUGCAACAACUCUGCAUCUGCAAAGAAUUAAACAUGUGUACUUGCCAUAAUCCCCUUGAACUCUUGAAAGAAGACUUGCUAUAAGAGGAAGCCUGCCAUGAUUUGAUGACGCAUUGGGGUUGUAAUCCUCCAUCCGAUUUACUAUCGCACAACUUCUUCAACCUUCCGCAACAGACACACUCUGCAGGGCUUCACUCAGCCAUCUCUUACCCGUUAGUGGAGGUCUUUUGCACACAGCUCAGGCAGCUUAGAAGCCCAUUUUGACCCUGCAGCCACAACUGACAAGCACACAAACCAAUUUCAACCAUAUCUAGAAGAGGAAGGCUGGACCACGCUGUAACAGAUCUGACCAGGAUUUCUAUCUUCAUCACAAAAAGAUCUUCCCUCUUUGAAGAUUUUUUCACACCACCCAUGGGGGACCAACAGUAACUGAGUUGGACUGAAUAGCUUGAAUAUGACAUUUGUGUUGGUGCUUUAGUUUCUUCUUAUUUACAUUCUGUUUGGUUGGAAAAGGGAGUCAUUUGAAGCUGAAUGUUACAGAGGGGGAAGUUUAUUUUCUCUCUCAAAGGUGCCUUUUGUUUUUUUCUCUCCAUCUUUUGGGUUCGUCUGGGUCGACCUUAGAGUCAACACGUUUAAUAUGUUUUUUGUUGGUUUAGCACCAACCUAACACACCAGUUCUGGCAUUUACAUGCGAAACGUGAACAACUCAAAUUAUGUUUUAUAUCUACAUUUGCACAUAAAAUAAUAAUGGUGAUAGAGAGAGAAAGAGAGAGCACAGCUGCUAGGGGAGAAAGAGUUAUGUGUUUGUGUAGCUCUGCUUGCCAACUGUGUCCCCCUCAUAUAGUCUUCCAUUGCAUUGAAACUGAACAUUCCAUUUUAAUAUUGCUGUUAUGCAGUUUGACGGUAUUUAAGUUUGUUUGUAUAUUUUGAGUUAUGUGUACACGUUUUAAUGUAUAUUGAACAAAACAUGACUAAAGGUAUGCUUAAAUAUGUAUAUGUAACAAUUCAUGUUAAAUGUACUGUAAAUUGUCAAAUUGUUUAAGAUUUAUGUGACCAUGUUUGGUUUGCAAUAAAAGUUUAACUUUAUUACACCUA